AUGCCGACUGCUGCCACAGCUUGUAAUUGGUAUGUGCGGGAGCCCCUCGUGCUCCUAAGUGUUUGGCAGGUCGCAACUACAAUCGUCAAUCUGGCUGCAUCUUUCGUCGGUGCCUUGCAGGAUAAUAUCCGCCAGGCCCUCAACCUCGAUCCAUCUGUCGCCAACAGCACUCCUGCCGACCUCUUGCAACGCGCCCAUCUCUGGUUCAGUGAACAAGAUACCUCAGUCCUUGCCGCAAUCACCCUUACUGCCAUCGCGGUAAUCAUGUCUUGGUCAUCUCGGUUCGGCUCCUGGUCUGGACGCUUCUCGCCUUUCGGCCGUUCAGGAGGUUCCGCUCAGGUCAAAGACUCGGACUACAGUUAUAUCACCUCGGACGAUCUGAAGAACGCCGAACAAAGAGAGGCCUCCCCUACACCAUCCGGUCCGCCCAGGGAUACCGAUGUCAUCAUCCUCAAGAGCAAGCGCAUCAGCUACCCUGUACACUUUCCCGCCUACGCGAUGGAAAAGGGCGAACUGAAAGUCGGAUCUGUCAGAGAGCAGGCCGCAAAAAAGACUGGUGCGGACAAGCGACACAUCAAGCUCUUUUUCAGGGGCAAGAACUUGAAGGAGGACGGCAACUCCUGCCGUGCUGAAGGCCUCAGACACAACAGCGAGAUCAUGUGUGUGGUAGGAGAUGCUGUACCCGAAUCCAUGAGUUCAAGUGACUCCGAAGGAGAAGAGGCAGACGCUGAUGGGGGUGAUGCGCCCAAGAGGAAGCGUAAUCGCAACAAGAACAAAAAGAAGAAGUCCAAGAAGCCAGCAGCACCUGCUCGAGACGACAUUUCGAGAACGCAAUCGCCGCGUCCUGCACCUGUCCCACUCACACCUAUGGACAAAUUGAAUGCUGUCAACUCGACUCUCCAGACCCUGCUGCCGCAAUGUGUCCAAUUCCUGGCUAGUCCUCCGGCGGAUCAGGCAAAGAAAGAAUAUGAACACAAGCGACUCAGUGAGACUGUACUUGCUCAAGUGCUCCUCAAGCUGGACGCUGUCGACACUGACGGUGAUGCGGAAGCAAGAGCUAGAAGAAAGGAACUUGUCAGGGAGGCACAGAAUGUCCUCAACAGUUUGGACGACAAGAUAAAGUCAUGA